CCACGUGUCCCUGUUCCGUUCGCGGCCCGCGGGGGGCGCUGUCGCGUGACCCUCCGUGAACUUUGUUCCAGUGGUGAAUGGGCGUGUUCGCCCCGCGCGCAGCUCUUUGGAGCGGCUCCUCCGCGGCGCAGCGCGUGGACUGAGGUCUGGCAGGUGUGCACCAGGUCUGAGCCGCGGGCUGCUCAACUCAGGGAACGCGCUGGAGAUGGAGGAGUUCUGGGCCGGGGCCCUGUGGGCGCUGAGGAUCUGGCUCUACCUCAUCGUCGGCCUCAUCAUGAUCCCGGCCAUGUUCGGCUUUUCUCUGGGCAUCUCCGAGACCUACAUGAGGGUCCUGAUGAAAACCCUGGAGUGGGCCACUCUGAAAAUACAGAAGGCAAACACAGAGGAGAAAACACUAAAGCCCUCGGCUUCUAAUGGUGUCAUCCAGAGGGAAUAUGGCUCCAUGGAGAAAGAGCUGGGUGAACUUAGACGCAGUCGGCCCAAACCCCCGGUGGGCGGAGACUUCACACUGAGCGACUGUUUCUACUUCACCAGGAAGGGAAUUGAGAGCAUCGUAGAAGAUGAGGUGACCCAGAGGUUCACUUCAGAGGAGCUGGUGUCCUGGAACUUACUGACUCGCACCAACAAUGAUUUCCAGUACAUCAGUCUGAGGCUGACGCUGGUCUAUGGGCUGGGCAUCUUUGUGCGAUACUGCAUCCUGGCGCCCCUCAGAAUAACACUGGCCUGCAUUGGCUUGACCUGGUUGGUGAUCGGAACGUCUGCUGUUGGACUGCUUCCGAACUCGAGGGUGAAGUCUUGGCUCAGUGAAUGGGUCCAUGUCAUGUGCUACAGGAUCUGUGCUCGAGGCCUCUCUGCCGCCAUUCGUUAUCACAACAGGGAAAACAAACCUAAAAAAGGCGGGAUCUGUGUCGCCAAUCACACUUCACCUAUUGACAUUGUGAUUCUCUGCAACGAUGGGUGCUAUGCUAUGGUGGGUCAGGUUCACGGAGGCUUGAUGGGAGUUGUUCAGAGAGCCAUGGUGAGGUCCUGUCCACACGUGUGGUUCGAGAGGUCGGAGAUGAAAGAUCGCCACCUAGUGACCAACAGGCUGAAGGAUCAUGUGAGUGACAAGACAAAGCUUCCCAUCCUGAUAUUUCCAGAGGGAACCUGCAUCAACAACACAUCAGUCAUGAUGUUCAAAAAGGGAAGCUUUGAAAUAGGUGGAACCAUAUACCCAGUAGCCAUGAAGUAUGACCCAAAGUUCGGAGACGCUUUCUGGAACAGCUCCAAGCACAGCAUGGUCAGCUACCUGCUGAGGAUGAUGACCAGCUGGGCCAUCGUCUGCAACGUCUGGUACCUGCCAGCCAUGCACCAGCAGGAGGGAGAAGACGCCGUCCAGUUCGCCAACAGAGUGAAGUCGGCCAUCGCUCAUCAGGGAGGACUGGUGGAUCUGCAGUGGGACGGAGGCCUGAAGAGAGCAAAGGUGAAGAAUACGUUUAAAGAGUGGGAGCAGAAGAAGUACAGCAGCAUGGUGGUGGGAGACGACAGCAGCAGCAACAGCGACUGAGACGAUGGAGCAGAAUGCACUGUAGACUGGAAACAGGCCUCCUCCACCCGUCACGUCCUCCUGAGCUGGAGUCACGGAGGAAACUGGGCUGCACCGUAAACGAGCACUGAACACUGGCACAGCGAGGAGGAGGAGGGCAGUGCAAUAUUGAGUUUCACAGAGUGUGAUCGAGGUAAAACUUAGAUGAUGUUAGAAUGUUAAUGCUGUGAAAUGCACUGAAUGAAACGUGUGAGUCACUGUUUAAAUGAAUCUCAUUCUUUGUUUUUCUAAAUAAAUGUUAGUUUGCUAAUUUAAAAACAAA